UCCUGCACAGCGGCUCCUGGAGAGGCCGCCAUGACUCCCAGCCUCACGGCCCUGCUCUGCCUGGGGCUGAGUGUGGGUGCCGGGGCCCCAGAGCAGGCAGGGGCCCUCCCCAAGCCCUCCCUCUGGGCUGAGCCCGGCUCUGUGAUCCCCUGGGGGGACCCUGUGACCAUCUGGUGUCAGGGGGCUCUGGGGGCCCAGGAGUUCCGUCUGUACAGAAAGGAAAAUUCAGGGUCCUGGGACAGACAGAGAUCACUAACACCCGGAGAAAAGGCCCAGUUCUCCAUCCCACACAUGACAGUGAACAAUGCAGGGAUAUAUCGCUGUCUCUAUCGCAGCCCCGUUGGCUGGUCAGAGGACAGUGACCCCCUGGAGCUGGUGAUGGUGACAGAGACCUACCCCCAGCCCAGCCUCUCAGCCCUGCCAAGCCCUGUGGUGACCUCAGGCGGGAACGUGACACUCCAGUGUGGCUCCUGGCAUGGGUUUCAUGGGUUCCGUCUGACUAAGGACGGAGAACACAAUUCCUCCUGGACCCUGGACUCACAGGGGCUCCGCGAUGGACAGUUCCAGGCCCUGUUCCCCGUGGGCCCCGUGACUCCCAGUCACAGGGGGCCGUUCAGGUGCUAUGGCUACCACAGGAAUGAACCCCAGGUGUGGUCACGGCCCAGCGAGCCCCUGGAGCUCCUGGUGUCAGGCCCAGCCGCGCGCCCCCGGGACUACACUCAGGGGAACGUCGUCCGCCUGGGCCUGGCCGCCGCCGUGCUGCUGGUGCUGGGGGUCCUGCUCGGGGAGGCGCGUCUCAGCCACGCGAGGGCCCGCAGGGGACAGGGCCCCGGCCAGAGCGGAGGGGCCUGAGGUGACCUGCUGUGUCCAGCAGGCCUGGUGCAAAAUCUGAGCGCUGUUCUGCAUGGACGACGCGCCGUGGACCCAGCGGUGGUUGGGGACGAACGCCGCGGUCCCUGGGG